UCGAUCUGCGCAAAUACAAAGUAAAAGCCCCCAAAACAAUCCCCCGAUGUAAACAAAUGGCACAAUUGCACAAAUCAACCGCGAUAAUCCUAUUUUCGCAAACGCAGCAAUUAAGCUUGCAAUGGAUAAGGAAACAUAUAUUUUUAGAAUUGACAAAGCAGAGUGCUGACCAAACGAUUUUGAUGGAAAAGCUUGGAAAGCUUUUGUACCCUUUGAUAGCGACGCAUGUGUAGCAAUCCAUUUUUGUUAAUAAACAAUAGUUUAGUACUGGUGCAACCGCCGUACUAACCCCAGCGACAUGUGGUCCCGCAGCAGCAGCUCCCGGCGUCAAGUAGCGACCUACGAAGAUGAUCCCGAGAAGGUUCUGCAGCAGGUCCAGGAGCUAAGCGACUGGCUCUCGGCCAAUCCCCAGGUCAACGGGUGCAACUCUUACGAAAACCUGCAUUUUUUUCUGCGAACUUCUAAAUUCGAUGUGGAACGAACCAAGAAAAAGUUGAAAACAUUCUACCAAAUGAGGGCUGAGCGCACCGAGUGGUUUGACAAUCGGGAUCCAAAGCUUCCAGAGAUCCAGGAGUUGCUUGAUCUAGGCGUAUUCCUUCCAAUUGGACCGGAUGCGGAACAAAGGAUGGUGGUGGUGAUCCGAACUGCGGCUCAUGAUCCUAAGAAGCACUCUCAAAACAACGUAUUUAAGACAAGUAAAAUGAUAUUGGACCUCCUGUUAAAACUCGAGCCGGAGGUAUGUGCCCGAGGCAUGGUGGCCAUACUAGAUAUGCAGGGUGUUCAGCUAGGUCAUGCCCUGCAAUUAAAUCCAAAGCUUAUCAAGCGAUCGGUGGAGAGCUGGACAGCGUACCCCUGUCAGCCGAAGCUCCUGGAGUUCACAAACGCUCCAAGGCAUGUCAACAUAUUCUUGAAUACCUUCAGAAUUUUUAUGACUCCCAAGAUUCGAUCUCGCUUGUUUGUUCGCCGCGAGGGAACCUCUGUGAACUGUGAUCUACUCCCCAAGGAUUUGGGUGGCCAGGGACCGAGCUAUGAGGAGCUUGCACUCAAAUGGAAACAGCUGUUGGAGGAGAAUGCCGAUUUUUAUGUGGAGCAAGACAAAUACAAAAGCAAGCUCAAGUGAUUGGGGUUAGUGUGGCGACAGUGAUAAGACGACGAUUAGCCUAGAGAUUACUUGGGCAAAAAAUGCGCAAAUACUCACUAAGCGCAUAUCGGUUGUCAUGUCAUAAGGAAGCAAACUACAGCAAUUCCAUAAUACCCCAAUAAUCCAUAGUUUUACAAUUUAUUCGUCACAAUCAAGGUUAAAUAACCUAGUUAAUCUAACCCAUUUUUUUUUUUUGUUUUGUUUUCGUUUUGAAAUAAAGAGUGUCAAUGCACGAUAA